AUGGCGUCUGACGGCAUCCGGCCUCACUCCUGGGCGCUGGCGGACAUCAAGGCGCUGCAGCAGGCGGUGAGCGCGCGCGGCGCGUCUGCAGCUGCAGCGGCGGCGGUGGACACGGAGAUCGCCGUUCACGCGCGCAUCCAGAGCCCCCACGUACCCGCUCUCGUGUCGGUGGUGCGGGGCGACCUGCACACGCACCUUGUGUUCGAGUACGGCGGCGAACCCAUCAUGCACUACAUCGGCGCGUCCGCGGCCGAUCUAGCUGAGAACCUGGAAGCGGCCAAGGAGGCUUGCAGGGUGCUGUUUGGGGUGCUUCGCGCCUGCGAGGACGAGGGCCUGUGCUACACCGACCUCAAGGUGCAGCAGCUGCUGGUCAACGCCGAGCUGCAGCCGCCCCUGGUCAACGUCGUCGACAUGGCCAGCGCCUCCCCCUAUGGCAGCCUCACGGGCUUCAGCUGGGAGACGGUGCCGCCAGAGGGCCUCGCCGCCGGGGUGCGGCCCGACGGCACCAUCGACUUCGACGCGCUGGCAGCCACGACGGGCCCCGGCUUCCACGCGUUCUCGUUUGCGGCCACCCUGGCCACGAUGGCACUGGGGUGCGACCCCCAUCUUCCGACGGUGGAGGAGAUAGAGGAGGAGGAGGCGGCGGCGGCGGCCGACAGCGGCGGCGGCGGCGGCAGCGGCGCCGGCGGCGGCGGCUGCGUUGGCGGAGGUGGCGGCUGA